AUGGUCCUCCACAACCCUAACAACUGGCACUGGGUCAGCAAGAAUGCCGGCGACUGGACGCAAAACUACCUCAACGAGACCUUGACAAAGAUCUCGGCCGAGGAUGGUGACGUCAAGGCCAAGAUCGCCAAGGUCGUCAGCCUGGAUGGCGAUGUCGAGGUCAGCCAGCGCAAGAGCAAGGUCAUCACCAUCUAUGACUUUAAGCUGGUCCUCGAGUACUCUGGCUCUGCUCCGGACGCUGAGGAUGUCUCGGGCACCAUCACCAUCCCCGAGGUUGCCCACGACACCGAGGAGGAAGAGUUCGUGUUCGACAUUGACAUCUACUCGGAAGCCAAAGAGAAGCAGCCUGUCAAGGACCUCGUCCGGUCGAAGAUCGUCCCGCAGCUCAGGAAGGAAUUCCUGAAGCUGCCCGCCGUGCUCAUCGCCGAGCACGGCAAGGACAUCCAGCACGCUGCUGGCGUGAACCCGUCCUCUGGGUUCUCCACACCCAAAUACCACACCCCCACCGGCACCCAGACACCGAAGACUGAGUCUACCACAGCACAGAAGAGCGCCGGCGGCAUCGUCAACACGACCACCGUGACGGAUCAGGAAGAGUUCCGCACCACCGCCGAGCAGCUGUACCUGACCUUUACCGACCCACAGCGGAUCGCCGCCUUCACCCGCGAACCUCCGAAGAAAUUCGAGGGCGCCAAGAAGGGCGGCAAGUUUGAGCUGUUUGGCGGCAACGUCUCGGGCGAGUACCUCGAGCUCAACGAGCCUACCAAGAUUGUGCAGUCGUGGCGGCUGGACCAGUGGCCUGCGGGCCACUUCUCGAAGCUCGAGCUCAUGUUUGACCAGAACGACGUCGAUGGCGUGACCGUCAUGCGCGUCAGCUGGACCGGUGUUCCCGUCGGACAGGAGGAGGUGACCAAGAGGAACUGGAGCGAGUACUACGUGCGGAGCAUCAAGACCACGUUUGGCUUUGGCACCAUUCUAUAG